AUGGAGCCUCGGCGCUCAUCACGGUUGAAGGCCUCCGUGCCUGAUCUUUUACCGCCUCCGCCGCUGCCGCCUCCCACAACGCCAGCAGUUCCAGCCACGGCUACCGAGCCUGCAUCCGACAUUGACUCCUCUGAAACCAAUCUACCUGAGCUGGUCGACAUAGAUCCCGACAAUAUCACACAGGAAGCACUUGACCCCGCCGAUUUUGUCGACACUCCAAUGGAAGACCUCGACAUCGAGGUUCGAUACGAGCUGGCGCUGGUUUCCAUUCGGGAAGGGGGCAUGUCCUUGCGUGCCGCAGCAAAGAAGUACUAUGUCCCUCGUUCUACCCUCUCUCGGCGCAUGAAUGGCGCUCGAAGUCGUCAAGACGGGCACGAGGACCAACAACUCUUAACAAAGCCAACCGAAGCAGGAGUUUGCGGUCAACGCGGUAUGCCCAUGUCCCUCAAGACUGUUGAGGAUUUGGGGACACAGUUGGCAGGACGUCCUGUCGGACGCAGUUGGGCUCAGCGGUUCAAGAGUCGGCACGCAAACGAGCUGACCGUUCGCUGGACUCAACAGCUUGAGAAAUGCCGCGCAAACAACCUGAACACAACAACAGUCAAUCAGUACUUCGACUUGCUUGGCAAUACAAUUGAGAAAUACGACAUCAAACCUUCAAAUAUAUACAACAUGGACGAGAAGGGGAUUCAGCUCGGGUUAUCAGGACGGGCCCAGGUCCUUGUCGACAGAGAUCAGAAGGUGGUGCGGCGGGUUACAGAUGGCGAUCGCGAACUUGUCACUGUCAUCGAGACAGUCUGCGCUGACGGCUCCUCCCUUGCGCCGACAGUGAUCUUCCGUGUUCCGAAGUACGAGUUCGAGCCUGCCAAACUAUUUUCUACUCGAGCAAGCGUUCCAUCCCUUCCUCCCCAACCCAAUCUCUUCGUUUCUCCGGUUUCUGAGUCAGUGCUGCAGUCGAACGAAGCUAUGGCUGAUCCUGAUCAUACGCCACCCUCUUUGAAUGCAUCAUCAACACCUCCUCCGUCAAGUCCACCACCGUUGACCCUGCCACCAUCGACUCCACCGCAAACCACAUCUGAAGCAGAGGACGUUCUUCGACAAAUUCUCCGCAUCGGGAUACCCUCUCCCAUCAAAGGUCCGGCAUUGCGAAAGCUACAGCAGGAUCAGGCACAGAUUCUACUGCUUGAGAUCGAGAACCAGAAACUGCGAGAGAAUUGCUUUGCCAAGAAGAAUCGGGGAAAGCGAAAGUACAUCACCACCGCGGCACAUCUACUGACACCAGAGGAGACGAGUUGCGAGGAGAUCAAGCAGGAAUGGGGGCCUACAUUGAAGCAAUUAGGUCGGGUCCUUGCGCACAUCGAAAACUGGAUGUCUGAGAACGGACGGGAUCAUGAUGGCUCUGCCAUAUCUCCACCACAUGCAUUCGAUUGGAUUGAAGAGGAAAAGCUUGACCCUUGGCUCAACAAGGCCCUCUUCCGGCGGAAACUGCGUCGCCCACUGAGUCGAGGAUGUAAGGGUUGUGCGUUGGCUGGGACGGUCUUUGUACCAAUGGCUAUUCCAGUACGAGGUGGUGGAAGGGGACGGGGUAAUGGCCGAGGGCGCCCAAAGGGUCCAGGGCAUGGACGUGGCCGCGGUAACAGUAGAGGGAAAGGGCGCGGAUCCAUAGAUAGUCAAACUGGUCGACGAGGACGAGGGCAAGGCAGUCGCGGUCAAACCAGCAGACGAGGUGGCAGAGGCAGAGGGGAUAGCUCGGACGACUCAACCCCAGUCUCGGAUGACGAGGAAGAGUUGGAUAUGUCUUUGCAAGCUGAGACAGAACAUGAUUUGGACAGUAGCGAGGACUGGGACACACCUCCACCUUCAGCCAAACCUAGCCGUCCAACAUCUCCAUCUCUAAAAGAUCCUCCUUCCUUUGAUUCACCCAGUAAUGACCCGGGUAUGGUCCAAGUCGUAGAACCCGACAGUGGCAGCGAGGAUGAGGAGGAGACCGUGGUGACAAGUAUCAAUGGGCACCGGUGGAUACAGGGCAACCUGGAGUUCAUGGUCGUCUGGGAGGAUGGCGAUAUCACCUGGGAGGCACUCAGCAAUGUCGACGAGUGCGAGGCAAUGACAAUAUACAUCGAAAACCGUGGACGAGUUGACCCGCUGGACCUGCCCAAACGCAAACAUCUCAUUGAUCGAUCGCUACAACCCACGGUUCAGCAAUGA